AGCAGAUAAAUUGAGGUCAUAGUUGUCGCCAAAAUUUGCAUCAUGAUGUCGGUCGAUCAUGCUCCUACGGGCGACCCACCUCAAGAAGGAAUAAACAGUGAGGUACUUUCCGUGUCCCGUAUAAUUGGGCAGACUAUAUAAGAACAUCUUCCCAGUUCUGCCAGGAUCGAUGCCGAUAUUCAUCUCUUCCCAAAUUAUCAAAAGAUCAAGAUGAAGCACUCCAUCCUCACAGGCAUGGCAGCCUUGCCAGCAAUCGACGGCCUCCCCAUCACUGCCAACAACGGGGAAUUUUGGAUCGGCAAGCUCACCACAGCGACCUGCCCAUCCUACGACCCUGAUUGCCCGUCCCGAAACACCACCAUCAUCUCUGGUCCCACAUACGCUCAAACUUGGUGGAUGGGUGUCCUUGAAGAGGGUGGCCAACGUAUCUUCACCCCCACCAACGGACAACCAGGCUACUCUGCCGCAGACUCCGACAACUAUACUCCGGCGCGUGUCUCUUACAGCUACACUUUGCAAACUGCAAAUACCACUGAUGGGCGCUUCUUGCUCAAGUACUACACUCGGAACUGGGCUGCCUUUCCUACGGAAGAUGACGGUGUCUGGGCGGUCUAUGCUCAGUCUGCUGGUCCUCAGGGCGCUUCAACCUGUCUGCCUUUCGCUUGGGAGUUGAGGGAGACUACUGCUCCUGCACCACAGUACUACAACUGCGAGGGGUGCGAGUCCCGUUGCAACAACAUAUACGGUACUGGUUGCAAGUAGAUGUUUCAAACUUUUGACGGUGGUUGAAAAUUUACACAAAAGUUGGAUCUAUCAAAACACUACGAAACGCUAUAAGUCUAAGUCUAUGGGUAUAAUGUAAUC